AUGGAGGUGCUCCAUUGUGACAACAUAGCCAUGGCACCGUCGCCAAUAGUGGAGGUAUAUUGUUGGAAGCCCAUGUUGCCAGGCGUGUCGAGGGUGCUUGCAUGUCUCCAUGAGAAGGACGUCGAGUUUGAGCUCCAUGAGAUGUACGAGGGCCCAAGAAUGCCCCUCGACUUCCUCAAGCUCCAGGCCCCAAACCAAGUCCUCAUCCGUGGGUUCGAAAAUGGAAGCCCGUUUCUUUCCGAAUCCAGAGCAAUAUGCCGCUAUAUUACAGAGAAGUAUGCAGACCGUGGGAACAGAUACCUGCUGGGAAGAGAUAUCCUAGAAAGGGCUUCCAUUGAACAAUGGCUGAAGUCAGAGGAGCAGAGCUUUGACCCUCCGAGCUGGGAACUGGUCUUCCACCUGGCCUUUGCCCCUCUCAUAGGCCUCAUUGAAGAAGACACAGCUCUUAUCGCCCAGAAUGAGCAGAAGCUGGCAAGGGUCCUGGAUGUUUACGAACAAAGACUAAGCGAGAGCAUGUUCCUAGCAGGUAAUGAAUUUACUCUAGCAGAUCUCUCACAUCUCCCCAACUCCUACUACCUUGCAGACUCCGAACAAUGGCGCUACCUCUUUGACGCAAGGAAGAAUGUUAGAAGAUGGUGGGAAAAUAUCUCAACACGGCCUUCAUGGACGAAUGUGGUAGAAUUACUGAAUGAGGUUAAUGUGCAGCAUAAACAAGCUGAUACUGAAGAUGUUGCUAAAUCACAAGAGCCCUCCAUUCGUUUGCUGUUUUCUAAAUCUCAUGCAACACCAUCUCUCAAAGAAAGCCAUGUUAUCCAGACUCCCACAACAGCUACUGUUCAAGCUGUUCCUCAACCAGAAGUUAGUCCCGAAAGAGCUCCAGCCAAACCUCCUGCUCCUCAGCCAGCCACUACACCACAGGCUUCUCGAUCCACUGUCCCAGCCACUCCAGAAGCAGUCCCUCCUCAAACUACCACACCAGAAGUUCCACCUUCUCAGCCAACUUCACCAACAGUUCCUCCUGCAUCAGAAACUGAACCAGCUCCAGAUGCUCAGACAACCACCCAGCCAGGUCCUGCUUCCUCUCCUGAAUCAAGACCUCAACAAGCUCCUCCCACUAAGCCGACCCCUGAACCUGAGUCCGCUGUUCAGCCCACCAUAAGACCAGCCACUGCUAUCAAGCCUGAAAAACAAUCAGCUCCACCAGCCUCAACAGGCCAGCCAAGCCUUCAACCAACCAACCAUUUCACCAAGCCUACCACAACCCUUCCAACUGAAUCAACAAUUGAAGCUGCACAGACUGCUACUCAACCUUCUCCACAUCCUCAAUCUGCUACAGCUGAAUUAACAUCACAACAAGCUCCUCCCACUCCGUCAACCCCAGAACUUAAGUCAACCGUUCAGCCUACCACAAAGCCAAUCUCCGUUAUUGAGCCCGAAAAACAACCAGCUCCACCAGCCUCAACCGACCAACCAAGCCUUCAACCAGCCAACCUUUCUACCAAGCCAACCACACCCCCUCCAACUAAGUCGGCAUCUGAAGCUGAACAGACCAUUACUCAACCAGCUCCUCCACGCCCUCAGUCUGCUCCAGCUAAGUCAAGAUUUCAACAAGCUCCUCCCACUCAGUCAACCCUUGAAGUUGAGUCCACUGUUCCACCUACCACAGGACCAGCCUUUGUUACCGAGCCGGAAAAACAACUAGCUCCACCAGCCUCAACUGACCAGCCAAGCAUUCAACCAGCCAACCAUUCCACUGAGCCUAGCACAGUACCUCCAACUAAAUCAGCACCCGAAGCUGCAACUACUCAACCUGCUCCACGCCCUCAAUCUGCUACAGCAGAAUUAAGAUCUCAAGAAGCUCCUCCCACUAAGUCAACUGUUCAGCCUACCACAAAACCAACCUCCGUUACUGAACCCGAAAAACAACCAGCUCCACCAGCCUCAACCGACCAACCAAGCCUUCAACCAGCCAACCUUUCCACCAAGCCUACGACUCCCCCUCCAACUAAGUCCGCAUCUGAAGCUGCACAGACUAUUACUCAACCAGCUCCUCCACGCCCUCAGCCUGCUCCAGCUGAAUCAAGAUCUCAACAAGCUCCUCCCAUUCAGUCAACCCCUGAAGUUGAGUCCAUUAUUCCGCCUACCACAGGACCAACUUCUGUUACCGAGCCGGAAAAACAACCAACUCCACCAGCCUCAACUGACCAGCCAAGCAUUCAACCAGUCAACCAUUCCACCGAGCCUAGCACAAUACCUCCAACAUCAGAAGCUGCAAAGACUGCUACUCCACGCCCUCAAUCUGCUACAGAUGAAUCAAGAUCUCAACAAGCUCCUCCCACUCAGUCAACCCUUGAACCUAAGUCAACUAUGCAGCUUACCACAAAACCAACCUCCGUUACUGAGCCCGAAAAACAACCAACAUCAACCGACCAACCAAGCCUUCAACCAGCCAACCUUUCGACCAAGCCUACCACACCCACUCCAACUAAAUCGACAUCUGAAGCUGCACAGACUACUACUCAACUUCCUCCACGCUCUCAGUCUGCUCCAGCUGAAUCAAGAUCUCAACAAGCUCCUCCCACUCAGUCAACCCCUGAAGCUGAGUCCACUAUUCCGCCAGCCACAGGACCAGGCUCUGUUACCAAGCCGGAAAAACAACUAGCUCCACCAGCCUUAACAGAAUGGCCAAGCGUUCAAUCAGCCAACCAUUCCACCAAGCCUAGCACAAUAUCUCCAACUAAAACAGUACCUGAAGCAGCACAGACUACUACUCAACCUGCUACCAGUGAUCAAUUGUCAGUUCAACCAGUUCAGACUACAUCAAAGACUCCUACCAUUGAGUCUACCCCUAUAUCAUCUUCUACUUCACAGUUGACCGCACAACCAGCUGCCACUUUUCAUGCUGCCACUCAACCAGAUCAGACAGCACCUGAUGUGAAGUUUACUCAACCAGCCUCUGCUCCUCAACCUACCUUGAGUACACCCCCUACUGCUGAGACCACCACUCCACCAGCUACCAACAUAAGCCCUCAACAAGAUCCCAAAACCCAGCCAAUGCCUCAGCCUGAUAUGCAUGCUGAGUCAGCCACAUCAACAACAUCAAACCCACAACCAAGUCAAAAUACCCAGCAAAGCUCUGAAACAGAUGUGAAUGCCUCAUCAAAAGCUAAACAAGAAUCUGCUGGCAACCAGCCUACACCUCAACAAGCCACUCCUAGUAGCCAGACACUGGCCAAUACUGCUGAGACCAUCACUCCAGUAGCCAAUACUAGGAAGUCUGGUCCUCAACCAGAGAGUACUACUACCGACCUAAGUUCUGAAAGAGAUUCCAACAGCCAGCCACAGGCUCAGCAAGGCCUGAAUGCUCAAUCAACAACACCUACUACAUCAAAUCCACAACCAGGUUCAGAUACCCUGCAAGAUUCUCAAACAGAUUCAGAUGUUCCAUAUAAAAGUAAAGAAGAUUUUGUUGGGAACGAGUCUACAACUCAACAAGCUACUCCAAAUACUCAGCCCAACUUCCAAACAGAAACAGGUACUCAGUUAACAUCUCAACCAAAAGAAAGUGCUCCGUCAGCUGUUCAACAAAGCUCCAAUGCUCAGCAAAACCCUCAGACAGCUGCUCCUAAUGACCAGUCAAAACCACAACAAAGUCCAAUUACUGAGCCUAACCAUCAACCAGAUUCUGAUGCUACAUCAACUGCUGAACCAGCUGCUGGAUGGUCUACCUCUCAGUCACCAACUGCUACUGGGCUGACCCCUCAAACCGGUCCUACCGGUGAGCAAACCAAUAAAAAAGAUUCUUCCAAUCCUACAAACUAA